GUUAUAAUCUGUAGAGCUGAGGAGCAACGUGAGAGGAGUCCAAUACUAUUGCGAAAGAAACACGAAUUAAAGGUCAGGUGUAGACGCCCGUGAUGUUUUUUUUUCCCAUUCGUGUACCACUCUAGUUGAGUUGUGGCAUAUUCCAAGCAACAAUGUUUGUACAUGCUCUCCUUUGCCAGGUUGAAACUGGACCUUGGACUCUUCUCCUGUUGAAUUCAGCUCUCAGAUCGAAUCCACAAAGCCAUCUUAGAUAAGUGUUUGGAAGCAAAAUGGGUGAAUGGGGAUUUCUGUCCAAGCUACUGGAUAAGGUGCAGUCACACUCCACUGUCAUCGGGAAGGUAUGGAUGACCGUGCUCUUCGUCUUCAGGAUCAUGGUCAUCGGAGCUGGGGCGGAGAAAGUGUGGGGGGACGAGCAGAGUAAAAUGGUGUGCAAUACCAAACAGCCGGGAUGUACCAAUGUGUGCUAUGAUCAAGCGUUCCCCAUUUCCCACAUCCGCUUCUGGACCAUGCAGAUCAUCUUUGUGUCCACUCCGACGCUCAUGUACCUCGGUCACGUCAUGCACAUCAUCCACAAGGAAAAGAAACUCAGGAGGUAUAUACAGAAGCAAGCUAACAGUCAGGGCUGCAAGCUGCCCAAAUACACCAACGAGAAGGGGAAAGUGGAAAUUAAAGGCGACUUAUUGGCUAGCUACUUGGCCAGCGUGAUCUUUAAGAUCUUGCUUGAAGCCGCAUUUAUAGUAGGCCAGUACUAUCUGUACGGUUUCGUAAUGAUCCCUAAAGUCGUAUGCACUCGAUACCCGUGUCCCUACACUGUAGAGUGCUUCAUGUCUCGUCCCACUGAGAAAACGGUCUUCAUCAUCUUCAUGUUGGUCGUGUCUUGUGUGUCUUUGCUGCUGAACGUUAUUGAGAUGUUCUACCUGCUUUUCCAGAGAUCCAGAAGACGUAACAAACUUGAGAGUGUAGGCUCUUAAGGAAUGUAUCUUCCUCUAAAUGGACAUAAUUGCAAAUCUUGUGACAACAAGAAGACAAAAGUUUCAUUAUUGUGAACACUGGCUUGUACGAGUUAACUCUAUGUAUGUAUUUAAAAAUUCCUCUCGCCUAGCCAUCAGUUGAUUUUAUAUUUUCGUACUGCAUAUUUCCGGGAAACUAGUCCGGCUUUGGUUUAAGACUUUGCUUACUUCACACUUUUGACUAAUUACAUGGACAAAUACAGAACAUAAAGACAUUUUCUCAUACAUAUGAUUUGGAAAUGUUUUAUUUGUAAGGAACGUGCCCUUGUAUUUGAAGCAAGUAUUUAAAUAAAUGAAUAAAUAAAAUGCAUUAACUCUAAAUAUAUUAUAUAUUUCAUUCAGCAUCCUAAGCACUAGUUGACUUCAGAAAUGUUGUAUUAGAGCCUCUGUGCAAUAUAGACACAUAUUUUAUCAUAACGUGGUAGCUAUUAUACUGUAUGUGUAUGUACUCCUGUAACAAACCCUUUGACAGACUGUUUCAUAAACCGUAUUAUUGUAUUACUGUGCUGCAAUUUUAACGUGUAAAAUGAACAGAACGUGUGGACACGAACAAGUGCACAAGGGAUUUUGUAACAGUCUGAAAUAAAAAUGUAAAAGCCUUCAA